GGCUAAGCUUGUCCGAUGGAGGAGGGCGGAGCCCCUGUUCCCCCAGGGUCCAUCUGUUGCCUGGGAGCCAACACAUGGCCCCAUCCUCAUUCCCCCAAACCUAGAGGCCUCCUGGGCUUCUGGGGGCCCUGGCCCCUCAGCCCUCUCCUCCCACCCCACCCACCCCCAGUGGUCUGACUGGUUCCCAACAAAAACACCCUAAGAAUGAGCUCACGCAGAGGCUGCCGCCUCCACACGCCCCGCCUCACUCUGCCGGCAGAGGAGGGUGCCUCUGGUCCCAGGUCACACGGCCAACCGGGAGCUCUGGGCCAGGGGAUCCAAGGGCCUUGGGGUGGGGAAGUCUGGCCAGGAGCAGCAAUGUCUGUGCAGGUAGCCGCUCCUGGAAGUGCAGGGCUGGGCCCAGAGCGCCUGAGCCCUGAGGAGCUGGUGCGGCAGACGCGGCAAGUGGUCCAGGGGCUGGAGGCGCUGCGGGCAGAGCACCAUGGCCUGUCUGGGCACCUGGCAGAGGCCCUGGCGGGACAGGGCCCGGCAACCGGCUUGGAGAUGCUGGAGGAAAAGCAGCAGGUGGUGAGCCACUCGCUGGAGGCCAUCGAGCUGGGGCUGGGCGAGGCCCAGGUGCUGCUGGCCCUGUCGGCACAUGUGGGUGCACUGGAGGCAGAGAAGCAGCGGCUGCGCUCGCAGGCCCGGCGGCUGGCCCAGGAGAAUGUGUGGCUGCGGGAGGAACUGGAGGAGACGCAGCGGCGGCUUCGGGCCAGCGAGGAGUCCGUGGCCCAGCUGGAGGAGGAGAAGCGCCACCUGGAGUUCCUGGGGCAGCUGCGACAGUACGACCCACCGGCGGAGAGCCAGCAGUCUGAGUCCCCGCCUCGCCGAGACAGCCUGGCCUCCCUGUUCCCCAGCGAGGAGGAGGAGAGGAAAGGUCCUGAGGCCGCAGGAGCAGCAGCUGCUCAGCAGGGUGGCUAUGAGAUCCCUGCCCGCCUUCGGACCCUGCAUAACCUUGUGAUCCAGUACGCGGGGCAGGGCCGCUAUGAGGUGGCGGUGCCUCUGUGCCGCCAGGCCUUGGAGGACCUGGAGCGCAGCUCGGGCCACUGCCACCCUGACGUGGCCACCAUGCUCAACAUCCUGGCGCUGGUGUACCGGGACCAGAACAAGUACAAAGAAGCCACAGACCUUCUCCAUGAUGCCCUGCAGAUCCGGGAGCAGACGCUGGGCCCUGAGCACCCCGCGGUGGCCGCCACGCUCAACAACUUGGCCGUCCUCUAUGGGAAGCGUGGGCGUUACCGGGAGGCAGAGCCCCUGUGCCAGCGCGCUUUGGAGAUCCGAGAGAAGGUCCUGGGUGCUGACCACCCAGAUGUGGCCAAGCAGCUCAACAACCUGGCCCUGCUGUGCCAGAACCAGGGCAAGUUUGAGGAUGUGGAGCGGCACUAUGCCCGGGCCCUGAGCAUCUAUGAGGCACUGGGCGGGCCCCAUGACCCCAACGUGGCCAAGACCAAGAACAACCUGGCCUCAGCCUACCUGAAACAGAACAAGUAUCAACAAGCGGAAGAGCUGUACAAAGAAAUCCUCCACAAGGAGGACCUACCCGCCCCUCUCGGUGCCCCCAACACAGGCACAGCUGGCGAUGCAGAACAGGCCCUUCGCCGCAGCAGCUCACUCUCCAAGAUCCGUGAGUCUAUCAGGCGAGGAAGUGAGAAGCUGGUCUCCCGGCUCCGAGGCGAGGCGGCGGCAGGAGCAGCCGGAAUGAAGAGAGCCAUGUCACUCAACACACUGAACGUGGAUGCUCCAAGGGCUCCUGGGACUCAGUUUCCCAGCUGGCACCUGGACAAGGCCCCUCGGACCCUCAGCGCCAGCACCCAGGACCUGAGCCCCCACUAACGUCCAGUGAACUGCACUGGCCGCAGCUUCUUGGGAACAGUGCAGGAGGGAUGGGCUGGUGGGGUGAGAAGGGGUCUAUCAUCUCCUGGCCCCCCCUUGCCUCUGGGUACCUGGUGGAUAGCUGCCUUCUCCUGCGAUUAAAGGCUGUGGACGUGACAGUGAGAAA